AUGAGCCGCGACAAGAAACCAACUUCAUUAGUCACGCAUUUGGUUGCCGGUGGCACUGCCGGUCUUAUGGAAGCGUGUACCUGUCAUCCGCUUGAUACGAUCAAAGUCAGAAUGCAGCUUUCCAAGAACAUUAACCGAAACAUGGGGGGCAAGCGUCUUGGAUUCGCAGGUGUAGGUCUCAAGAUUAUCAAGAACGAAUCGUUCUGGGCUCUUUAUAAGGGUUUGGGAGCCGUUGUAUCUGGUAUUGUCCCUAAAAUGGCCAUUCGUUUCAGCUCGUUCGAGCUCUACAAGUCCUGGAUGGCGGAUGCCAAUGGCAAAGUUAGCACCACUGCUGUCUUCUUAGCUGGUUUGGCUGCCGGUACAACUGAAGCUGUGCUCGUUGUGUCCCCUAUGGAUUUGAUUAAGAUUCGUCUGCAGGCACAACGUCACUCAAUGGCAGAUCCUUUGGACAUUCCAAAAUACCGUAACGCCCCACAUGCCGCAUACACUAUUGUCAAGGAAGAGGGUGUUCGCGCAUUGUACAAAGGUGUUACCUUGACUGCAUUGCGACAAGCCACCAAUCAAGCGGCAAACUUUACAGCGUAUCAAGAAAUGAAAAAGUACGCACGUCGCGUGCAAAACCUUGAUGAACUUCCCUCUUAUCAACACUUGAUUCUCGGUGGUGUUUCUGGUGCUAUGGGUCCAUUGUCAAACGCUCCGAUUGAUACCAUCAAGACCCGUAUUCAAAAGUCAAGCGCACCAGGAACUGGUUGGGAACGCUUCAAGACCGUCACCACUGACAUUUUACAGAAGGAAGGCCCUCGUGCAUUCUACAAGGGUUUGACACCUCGAUUGCUACGAGUUGCUCCUGGCCAAGCCGUUACUUUUAUGGUGUACGAGAAGGUCCGCAGCUGGAUCGACAUGUUCUCUGAAAAGCUGCAGGAGGGAGAGGUCACGAAGAUGAUCGCUCAAAAGUAA